GUAUCUAUAUAAAAGGUCGCAUAUUUGUGCUUUAGGCCACUUCGACCUAUGGGACGACACUGCUGUGAUCAUUAUUUUGCUCCCUAUGUCAAUAUAUGAAAUAUUUGAGUGAUACAUGGAAUUCUGUCAAUUUCUUUUUGUGGUUUGGUAGGAUAAUUCUUUUUAUAGUUUCUGUUAACCCCAUUUAACAAAAAAAAAACAAGGAGAUAUAAUAAAGUUAUAACUGUUUUGUAAACGAUUGUAAAACAAUAUAAUAUUUCAUGCAUUUGCGUCUAAAAAUCGUCAAUAUUCAGCCCUAGGAAACUUCGUAGAUUUACCGACAUGAUUUAGUAUAUUAUACAUCGCAGUGUUCUAUAGUUUAUAGAUAGAUAAUAUAUAUACGUGUGCAAGUUCUAAACCCUUAUUUUUGAGAAAAGUUCCGAACCUUUAACCAUUAAUAGUAAAAAAAGGAGAAGGAAAACGUCAAAGUUUCACUAACUUCUGUAUCAGACCAACCCACAGGAUGUUGGUAUCCUAAAUACAGCCCACGGUUUUCAUACACUUGCAAAUAACAUACUUCAAAAGUACAUAAGUUUAUAGUGCAUAAGAGAAAACUAACGUGAAACAAUCUCUCUUUUGGUGGUGUGGUGAAUGUAAGUCGGUUCGUUUAAAUAUCGACAUCACUAUAGAUUCAUCGGUUUUGUCAAUUACACUCUUUUAAAAAUUGGUUUACUAACGCUAUACUUUCUUCGUAAUUUUGGAUGUCAUGAUGAAAAUUGGCAUCUGAUCUGUUAAGGAAUAUAGUUCAUAAUCUCUUAAUCCAAUUAUCUACUUCAGGAAUCAGGAUGUACAUAUUGCAUACAAUAAAACAUUUUCAUCAUGUCAUGGAUCUUUGGAUAACAUCAACAAAACUAAUAAAAUCAUGUCAUGUAUUGCAUGCAUAAUUGGUUUACCUACAAAUAUUAUCUGUCAGUUGGCAGUGCCAACUUGGCACUAUGUCGGCAUGCCGCAUGCCCAAAUUUUUAUAGAAGUUUUAAGACCUUUUAUUGUUGCUAGAUAAGUUUUAUAGACCCUUUUUUUUAAAGAAAAGAGUUAAUAAGGAAAAAACUUGCGUCGAAAGUUGAACUCAGAUUUUGUUUUGCUCCAAGCAGUUAACUGGAUUCACCGAAUGAAAUUAUGGAUAUGCUACUAUAUAUUCGCAAAACGUGAUAUUGUAAGUUUGCCAUAUACAGUAUAUAUUAAACUAUUAAAUUACGUACAAGUUAACGAUCUAUUUAUCAUCAUCAUGUCAUGGUAUACAGUCGUGCUACAUUAUUUCUUUUGUUAGUAUAUAGUAAGAGGAAUCCAAAUCGAACUCCAAAGUUUCACAUAACAUGACGAAACGUAAAAAAUCUAUUUUAGUCGGUGUUUUACUUCAUUUAUAUGUAGUUUCGUUCGAUACACUUUAGUAGAAAUUGACAAAUCAUACGAAAAUUCUAAAGCUAGUCACAAAAAUAUAUAAAAGACAAGUCAGAAAACCCCAUUCCAAAGAAACAUAAAAUGGAAAGUUCUGAGCGAAAACGAUGUCGUUCUACCGUAGUCGAAACCAUCGAAGCACCACUAUCACUAGUGUGGUCAAUAUUACGUCGUUUCGACAGACCCCAAGCUUACAAACGCUUCGUUAAGAGUUGCACCAUUCGCUUUAACGGCGAUGGUGAUGGAGGAGAAGGCUCCGUUCGGGACGUGGCGUUAGUCUCCGGCGUUCCGGGGAAUUUCAGCACGGAGAGACUCGACGAGCUAGACGACGAGUCUCACGUGAUGGUAGUAAGUAUCAUUGGUGGUAACCAUAGGCUUGUAAAUUUCACAUCGAAGACAAUGGUGGUUGCGUCGCCUGAUGAUGAGGCGGACAAGACGGUGGUGGUGGAAAGUUACAUAGUGGAUGUGCCGGAAGGAAAUAGCGAAGAAGAUACAAUAUUGUUUGUUGAUACCAUUAUUAGGUAUAAUCUCGUAUCACUUGCUAAGCUUACGAAGAAGAAGAUGGGACACUCUACUUCUGUUUAGUUAAUUAUAGUUAUCUUUGGUUUUAUAGUUAAAGAUAUAUAUAAAGUUAUAUAAAUCGUUGGUUUAGUAGCCUUGUGUUUUUUUUGGUAAAAUUAGUAGCCUUGUGUUAGUAAAGCAUGUCGUUGGUUUCUUGCGUACGUUUCUUGUGCUAUUAGAAAUAUAUUAAAACCUAUGUAAGAAAUAUAAAUAAUGCUAUUGAAGAGUUGCUUC